AUGAAUUUUUUAGGAUUGUCCAAUAAAAAUAAAACUUUAAGGACAAAAAAAAACAUACCAGAAGGUACAAAACAAUUUCAACUUCAAAAAUAUGCAGAAGCAACUCUUGGUUUAGGAAAUUUAAAAGUCGCUGUAGCAUUACCUGAAGGUGAAGAUGUUAAUGAGUGGUUAGCUGUUAAUACAUAUGAUUUCUUAAAUCAAAUAAAUAUGUUAUAUGGAACAAUCACUGAAUUCUGUACACCACAAGAAUGCCCUGUAAUGUCUGCUGGAGCAAAAUUUGAAUAUCAUUGGUCUGAUGGAGAUAAAUUUAAAAAACCAGUAAAAUUAUCAGCUCCAGAUUACGUUGACCAUUUGAUUGAAUGGGUUCAAAAUCAACUUGAUGAUGAAUCAAUAUUUCCAAGUGUCCCAUUUCCUAAAAAUUUUCAAAAUGUUGUUAAAACAAUUUUCAAACGACUAUUUAGAAUUUAUGCACAUAUUUAUUUGGCACAUUUCUCUGUUAUUGUUGCUUUGGGUGAAGAGGCUCAUCUGAAUACAAGCUUCAAACAUUUUAUUUAUUUUAUACAAGAAUUUCAACUAAUUGAGAAAAAAGAAUUACAACCUUUGUCUGAAUUAAUUGCCAGUCUAACAAGCCAAGAUCAAAUCUAA